GUUAGUCUUUCGUUAAAAUCCGUGCCCCCAAAUUCAUCGAUAUGAUAGCGGCGGUGCCAGAAUCGGAACGCGAUUCUUUGCUCCCUCGCCUUCGAGCCAAGCCUGUCCGCACCACUUCUGGUAUCACCAUAUGUUUUGAGCUGGCGAAACUUGGCAGUUCCAUCAACAAAUGCUGAAAUUGAACCCAACAAAUCUACUUCUCUUGAGGAAUUAUGGCCAGUUCUUGCAUGAGGUGGAGAAAGAUGUGGCUAAAGCGGAAGAGUACUAUGGAAGAGCUAUAUUGGCGAGUCCCGGAGAUGGAGAAGUGUUGUCUCUGUAUGGAAAACUCAUAUGGGAGACACAUAGAGACCAAGAUAGAGCUCAAUCUUAUUUCGACCAGGCAGUCCAGGCAUCUCCCGGCGACUGAUGUAGACGAUACCAGAAGCGGUGCGGACGGGCUUGGCUCGGAGGCGAGGGUGCAGAGACUUGCGUUUCGAUUCCGGCACCGUCGCUAUCAUCUCGACGAGUUCGGGGGCACGAGCGAGGCCAUAUUUGUGACAAGCUGCGGAUUUGUGGGCGUUCAGAUCAACAUUCUCUCCUCUGCGCAAGCGCUCCACCAUAUCGUUCACGAUCUCCACAAUGCAGGAGGAAAUCGGGAAGAAGAAAGGGGAUGAGAGAAAGGGAAAGAAGAGAGAUUGGGAGAGAGAGAGAGGGAGACAGAUGGAGGACUUCGGAAGUCCACUGCCGUUGCAACAGGUUCAUGUAUCGGGAUGUAACAAUGUUUUUGUCCUAAUAGUUAUUACAAGGUUAAUAUUAAAAAAUAUUGCAACGGUGGAUUUUAACAGAAGGCUAAGGGAAGGGGCUUUGUCUCACGGUCAAAGUACAAGGGGGUCUUUGUCACAAAACAAAUUAUAGGGUGUUUUUCUCACAGACCCCUUAGUACAGGGGGUCUUUAUAA